AUGUCGGACGGCGGCGAGGGGGUGAAGAAGCGCGGCUCGCCGGGGCCGGAGGAGGAGAAGAUGCUGGCGGCGGCUUUGGCGGCGGGGGGCGCGCAGGAGAACGGCUUGGCGGCGGGGGCGCCUGGGGAGGGGUCUGCCGCGGGCGGGGUGGCGCUGAAGCGCACCAUCACGCUGAGCAACGGCGUGGCCAUCAUCGUGGGCACCAUCAUCGGCUCGGGCAUCUUCGUGACGCCCACGGGGGUGCUGCGCGAGGCGGGCUCGCCGGGGCUGGCGCUGGUGGUGUGGGCGGCGUGCGGCGCCUUCUCCAUCGCGGGCGCGCUCUGCUACGCCGAGCUGGGCACCACGCUGGCCAAGUCCGGCGGCGACUACGCCUACAUGCUGGAGGUCUACGGGCCGCUGCCCGCCUUCCUCAAGCUCUGGGUCGAGCUGCUCAUCAUCCGGCCCUCCUCGCAGUACAUCGUCGCCUACGUCUUCGCCACCUACCUGCUCAAGCCCCUCUUCCCCGCCUGCCCCGUGCCCGAGGACGCCGCCAAGCUCAUCGCCUGCCUCUGCGUCCUGUUGCUCACGGCGGUGAACUGCUACAGCGUGAAGGCCGCCACCCGCGUGCAGGAUGGCUUUGCAGCCGCCAAGGUCCUGGCGCUCCUGUUGAUCAUCACCCUUGGGUUUUUCCAGCUUGGAAUGGGUAAUGUGGAGAACCUGAGCACUGAACACUCCUUCGAAGGCACAAACCUUGAAGUCGGAAAAAUUGUCUUGGCUCUGUAUAGUGGCCUUUUUGCUUAUGGAGGCUGGAAUUACUUGAAUUUGGUUACCGAAGAGAUGAUCAACCCCUACAGAAACCUGCCCCUGGCCAUCAUAAUCUCUAUGCCGAUCGUUACCUUGGUUUACGUCCUGACCAACCUGGCUUAUUUCACCACCCUGUCAGUAGACAACAUGCUGGCGUCAGAAGCGGUAGCCGUGGAUUUUGGGAACUAUCACCUGGGGGUGAUGGCUUGGAUCAUCCCGGUCUUUGUCGGUUUGUCAUGCUUUGGCUCCGUCAAUGGGUCCCUCUUCACUUCGUCUAGGCUUUUCUUCGUCGGGGCUCGUGAGGGCCACCUGCCCAAUCUCCUCUCCAUGAUCCAUCCUCAGCUCUACACUCCACUCCCCUCGCUUAUCUUCACGUGCAUCAUGACCCUGAUGUACGCCUUCUCCAAUGACAUCUUCUCCGUCAUCAACUUCUUCAGCUUCUUCAACUGGCUGUGCGUGGGGCUGGCGAUCGUGGGCAUGCUGUGGCUGCGAUACAAGAAGCCGGAGCUAGAGAGGCCCAUAAAGCUCAACCUCUCCUUGCCUAUCUUCUUCAUCCUGGCCUGCAUCUUCCUCAUCGUGGUCUCCUUCUGGAUGACCCCCAAGGAGUGUGCCAUCGGCUUCACCAUCAUCCUCAGCGGGAUCCCGGUUUACUUCAUUGGCGUCCGCUGGCAAAAUAAACCAAAGUGGCUGCUGCAGCUGAUAUACUCCACGACAGUCCUCUGUCAGAAGCUGAUGGAAGUCGUCCCCCAAGAGUCUUAA